AUGUCGCGCACAAUCAGCCAAACAUCUACCGUCGAUGUCCGCAAUGGCAUCGUUGAGCAUGUAUCUCUUCGGUCCAUGAGCCGCGGUCCUGGGGGUGUGUCUGCCGACCCGCCUCAGUCUCGCAAGCUCUCCAGCGCCCAGACUGCGACGAUCAUGGCCUGCCUUUGCGCGUGCGUCUUCGUGUCCGCCCUGGACGUCACAAUUAUCACCACCGCUCUGCCAUCCAUAGCCGGCCACUUCGCCUCCACCUCGGGCUACACCUGGGUCGGCACCGGCUUCAUCCUUGCCCACACCGCAAGCACGCCCACCUGGGGCGGCUUGUCAGACAUCUGGGGCCGCCGGCCGGUAAUCCUCGCUGCCUGUGCCGUGUUCUUCGCAGGCAGCCUUGUAUGCGCCGUGGUCGAUUCUGGCCUCGGGCCCUUUGUCGCGGGCAGGGCUGUCCAGGGUCUUGGCGCUUCGGGCCUCACGACCAUGGUCAAUGUUUGCAUCGCGGACAUGUUCCCGCCCAGGGACCGUGGCUUGUACUACGGCCUCACUUCUGUUGUCUGGGCCAUUGCUAGUGGCGUGGGGCCGGUGAUGGGAGGAGUGUUCACGAGCAGACUAACUCUCCUGGUUGUGGGAGGCUCACUGAUGCUCCUGCUCGGCCUGUAUCUCGGCGGCGUGUACGAACCGUGGCACUCGGCCACUGUGGUGUGCCUGAUCGUAUUCGGCUUCCUCACGGGCGGUCUCUUUGUGCUCAACGAGUGGAAGCUCGCCGUGUAUCCCGUCAUGCCCGUCCAUCUCUUCCGCACGGCGUCUUCGGCAGCGGCUUACGGGCUUUGCUUCUUCCAUUCGUUUGUAUUCCUCGGCGUGGCAUACUACUUGCCCAUGUACUUCCAGUCGGUCCUUCUGGCCGGCCCACUAACAUCCGGCGUGUACCUGCUGCCGUUUAUACUGUCGUCUAGUCUCUCGGCGGCCUUGACGGGCGUGUUCAUCCAAAAGACUGGGAAGUACAUGCCCGCCGUAUACUGCGGCACGGUUGCCAUGACGCUCGGCGUCGGCCUGCUCAUCGAUGUAGGUUUGGACAAGAAUUGGGUUCGGCUCGUGACCUUUCAGAUCGUUGGCGGCGUUGGUGCGGGCAUGAACUUUGAGGGCCCGCUGCUCGCCGUCCAAGCAGUUGUGCCAUCCCGUGACGUGGCCGCCGCCACGACCACCAUGGGAUUCACGAGGACCAUCUCGACAGCCAUAUCCGUCGUAAUCGGCGGCGUCGUUUUCCAGAACGAGAUGAACGCUAAGAGGGCGAUACUAGUGGGAAAACUGGGCGAUGAACUUGCGGCGCGGUUCGAUGGGGCGAGCGCGUCCGCAAAUGUUGAGUUGGUCAGGGCGCUACCGCCGAUGCAGCGACUCGCUGCAAGGACGGCGUACUAUGAGUCAAUGAGGUCGAUGUGGAUCAUGUACACUGUAGUGUCUGCCGUGGCCAUGCUCACGGGUCUUCUCAUCCGAGGUCACCACUUACGCAAAGAGCAGCAGGAACCGGCUCUGGGACUCAACGUUGAGCGCGAGGCUGCGAGGCAAGCCGCACGAUGA